AUGCUUCCUACUCUGCCAGCCUUGCAGCCGGAUGAAGAAAGACCACCUGAAGGUGAAGAUGCGGAGCUUCUCUAUCGGUUGACUUCAGACCUGCAGCGCUACACCAGAAUCGACGAGCGGUUGAAUGCGGCACGCCUACAAUUGUCCGGCGUAGAGAACGCGUGUCACCCAGAUGACCGCAGAGCCUUGGAUGUUUUGAUGGUUGCAUUGACUGCGGCCUGUCAGAAGCAGAGGGAACGUUUGCAGGAGACCACAGCGGUGUUUGAUCGGAUGAGAGACCAUGCCAGAGAUGCUGACAACUGUGGCUCACCUUGUGCCUCCUGGAGCUUCAUGGGCGUGAAGGUCUGCUUGCAGGCUUGGAAACGUUUGCACAGCUCUGGCCGUUGUAACCGCUUGUGGGAUGCUGUGCAGAACGGGCGGGUGACCCCACCUAUGGACCUGCGCUUCCUCAAGCAACCUCGAGCAAAGGUUGCUGGAGAGACAGCCACGGCUCGAGUGACCUCGUUCCUCCAAUCCAUUUAUGAAUCAGUGGCUGAAACAUUGCCGGACAUCAGAGACGACGGUGUCAUAACAUCCCUGACAGUUGGCGCAGAGGUGUUGCAGGACGAGUACGCAGAGUCUCUUUCUGAGGAUGGGAGAAAGGCUUUGGCAGCAAAAUUGGCAUUGACAGCUGGGCCUGGGUCCAGAAAGAAAGCUCGGAAGCGAAAGUUUGGGCUUGAGCUGCAUUUGGAGAGACAUCCAGAUUGCCCGUCAAGUACUCAGGAAGUUCGAUUUUUGCCCCCUGGCGUUAUGCGCGAUUAUUGGGAGAUGAUGCGUGGAAUGGACCAGACCAAAGGUGUAGCCUUCAGCUUGUUCUGGAGAACUUGGCUUGUAGAGUUUCCGCACUUACGCUUCCGGCCUGCUUCACUUCACUCCCAGUGCGCGUCGCGUGGCUAUCUUUCCGAAGCUGUGCCGGUCUCGCUUCAAGGGAUUGGCGGCCCAGGUUUGGAGGCGUCGGAGAUCCGAGAUGAUUACUGGAAGCUGCAGCUGGGGGAGGAGCACCCUCGGGACAUUGUGCUCCGGUGUGACUUUGGUGGUGGCAGAGUCUGCACGGAGGCUGACCGGAUGAUGCUCGAUCGUGUCCGACGAUUUGACCCGCAGCCGAAUGAGUUGAAGUUGCUGGCCGUCGGCUUGGACGAGGUUGGCGUUGACAAGUUUGACAAACAGUCCGUCAGGUUUCAUCGAAACGUGGUGCCAGAGGGUGGGCUGGAGAAGUUCAUUUUGCACACCUACAAGAGUGAGGCGGCCCUACUUGAGCUGGCUUCGUGGUUGGAAACAACCUUCCCACCUGACAACAGGCCCAUGCAAGUUGCGUCCAUGGAUGCUGAGCUACCGGAGGGAUUUCAGUUUCAGUUUCGGACAGACGCAGACUCCCUUCCGGGAGUGGAACGGAUUUCAGUGAUGCUGCCAGAAGCUACUGUUCUUGAUAGCGUGUACGUUGAGUUGCCAAAGCUGACUGGAGACUUGUUAGCGCCUUUCAGCGUUGGCUACGUGAAGGGUUGGCGCAGAUGCUCCGCUUUCCUGAGCGUUUGCAUUGCGAUCCGCGAGCUUCAAGUGGACCUGGACGAAGUUCCUCAGAACUUCAAGGCUGUGUCCAGAAGGGGAAUGCGUUACUUCUUAACGCGUGAUAUCAUUGCCCGUGGAGCCUUCAACCAAGCUUUUACCAGUGCUCAGGGAUCCACGGAGGUGAAGCUUUUUGUGGCCAGACUCUGCGCUGACUGGGACGCCCAAUCAGACAAGAUGCGAAAGGCUUGGAGCAUGAAGGAUGGGAAUGCUAUUCAUGUUUGCUGCGGCAUCUUUCUCCACAUGUUGGAGGUUCUGCAGCAGAAGGCGCCAUCUUCUGAGUUUGCAGGCUUUGCCGAUAGCCUCAUGAAGGUGUUCAUGUGCGGAAUCAUGGACGCCGAGCUGACCCAUAUUGCUGAAAGUUCAGUUCCGCCGGCAGACCUCAUGGCUGUUGGGGCUUUCAGGGAUAAAGUGAAGAGCUAUGAGACGAGAGUGGCGAUGGAGAGAGAGGAUCGUGUGCGGGAGCUUGCUGAGAAGGUCCACAAGGCCACGUUUGACCAGCUUGAAAUACAAAUACAGAGUGAUUUGAACAUCAUCCGCGCACAGCGACCGACUCAAGCUGCAGCAGACAUGGAGACACUUCUGGACAUGAAAUACUUGAAGGCGCGGCAGCAGACCCUCAGCCUUCAGAAAGGGAUGGAGUUUACGAAAGAGUUGAUGCUGAACAAUUGUCGUUUGGCACUCCUCCCGGAGUCAGAGAAAGUCACUACUUUGCUGCCAGAGUUCAACAAGUUCAUCGCUGAGAAGAACGCAAGUGGCCAGGUGUACAUUGUUGCAGCCAUUGACGCCACCGUGUGGAGUCAGAACGAGAAUGUGACGGACAUGAUUCAAAUGCUGGCCAAUGUUUGUAGCACUGGCUCCACAUGCAUUGGGUUUAUCCAGUUGCCGUUGUUCCACACGCAAACAACGUUGCCGGCCUUACUGAAGCGAAAGCGGCUGAUCGAAGACACCCUUCUCAAGUUUGACGUUGACUUCACUACGGGCUUGACGUUGUUGUUUCAAAAGGAUUCAACAAGAGCAAGCACUGACAAGAGGACGCCUUCGCAGCCUUGCCUGGUGUGUGCUGUUGGGAAGGCAGGGAACAAGUGGCUUGAACAGUCUCAGAAGGGAGUGAACUUCCACGCUAGCAUUGUCAAAGAUCUUCUGGAAGGAAUGACGCUGAAUGAUGAGGACCUUUGCGUGUACAUGGAGUUCGGACAGGCUUGCGCUCAGCGGCGCAUCAACGGCGAACGGCCAUGUGUUGUGUACUUCGGGGCCUCGCGGGAACAAAGUCAUGUGCACAUGCGCCCCAUGUUGGAGGCGAACUUCUUCAAGUAUUGGGAUGACCUUUCCACCAGCCCUUCAAAGACCCGGCCGCGUGUGGAGACCAGCAGUGGCCAAAUCACAGGGUUGUCGUUGCUGAGUUGUGAUGCUGCUGGCCAGCCCAGAUUCCCUGACCACAUCCUUGAGAGAAUUCCCAGCAACGACCCUCACCACAAGGCUUUGGUGAAGAUGAAGGAAGAGUUCCUGAAAGAAUUCCCGCAGCAGCGUAAGGCGAGCGGCGUGGCCACGACUGCUUCUCCACGAGUGAGUGGCGAUUGUGACUUUUCUAUCGAUGAUGGGAAGGAGCCCCUGUCAGUGGAGCGAGUGGUGGAUUUGUUGCUGGUAACGCUGGCUGGGCGGCAUGGACGGCCUACCGUAGUCGUUGACAAGUCCUUUGCAGUGUGGAUUGGGAACGAAAGCAGCGAGCAGCUCACAAUCUCUGGAUUGGAACUGCUGGGCUUCAAUACAGGAAACUUCGAGACAAAGAUUUGCACGGCCAAGCGUGACAGCGGCGGUCUGCCGUGGCGCUUUCAGUCGGACUUAGAUCUGAUUGUGGUUGACAAGCGCAUCACACCGUGGUGCAAGUAUUUCCACAAGCUUGCAACAACGCAAGGGCUUGGUGACAUUUCCGUUCACAACCAUGAAGUACGCCCCAAACUUCGCCCGGUUGACCCUUGUAUGGAGUCAAUGCUUCACCAAAUUGGGCCCAAUCAGUUUUAG